AUAGUGAGUGAGAGCGAAUCCGCAGCCAGCCAAAAGCGAAAAGCAGCGCUCCUCCUUGUGCAGCAUUUUCAGAAGAAGCAGAGCAUCGACGAUUCACACAGAGGCAUAAUCAUCAUCAUAGCAGGCGCAGGGCCCAUCCACAGCACAGUACAAGCGCUAAGCAGAAUAAGGAAAGAGUGUGUGUUGUUCGGUUCGCCUCCUCAUCAAACAGCCGCCAUUUUGACUUGUUCGCGACUUUGGUUUGGUGGAAAGGUUUUUUCGCUGGACUUUCCGUGGCCAUUUUUCGGUUCCGGAGCGGCACCAGGCGGGUCCGGACCGGACUUAAUCGAUGCGCAUCGACAGGCUGGUCCGUUUGAGACCGAUUCCGGGGGUACUUCCGGUAGUGAAUUCGGCGGAAAAUCGCGAUCGAAAUUUCGGUGCUCGGAUUUUCUUCCUGGCGAUUCGAAUUAUUGCCUGCCAUUGCUUGGUGGCGGUGGUGUGCGAGUGCAGGGACCGAUGUUGGGCCAACGUCGGACCAUUUCUACGUCGCGACGACGGUAAAGAGCAGAAAGUGUGUACGAUCGAAGCAGCUCGGAAAUCGAAUCGCGAAUAGUGAGAGUCGCGCAUUUUGAGGGAAACACAAUUUUUUUUUCCUCGGAAGAGGAAAAUCCACAAUGGACAAUUUUUGGAACUGAAAGUCGAUUCCCCCGAGGACCCCAAAAAGUUAGUGAAUUUUUGUGAAGUGAAUAAUUUAUCUAGAACAAAAAAAAUCGUGUUUUCGAACGGUGCUCAAAAACAGAAAACCCUCGCCGGAGCUGGUACGUUAUUUCGCGGGGGCCACCUGUCCCCUGCUCAAAAUGUGGCCAUUCAAUGUGUAUGUCCGCCGGAGGGCCACCAAAAAGAAAAUCCCCUAGAAAAAUACGGUAAAAUUUCGGAUUUAAUCCCCGCGUUGCUUUUCAGCAGGCGGGGAGAUCCAAGUGCGCGUUGUGUUUACGUUUUCGCGAUCGACGACGACGUUUUCGUCGCUGCUGUCAAAAAAGAGGAAAGUGACAGCCGCCAAAUUGCGCGGAUAAAAACAAAUUCGUUCAACCAAAAGUGAAUAGUGAAUGUAAAAAGAGGCGACAAGCGAAAUUCGCAAGUCCCUUAUCGUAGUGCGUCGUCCCCAUAAAUUUGAAACAGUAGUUCGGUGAAGAAGAAAGCCCUGGCUUAGCAAUCUUUCUUUCUAGAAGAAAUUCCAGCGAUCAAAAUGAAAAUCAGCAGAGACAGUGACCGAAGCAAAAGCAGAAGAGGAAUUGUGCGGCGGCCAGAGGCCAAAAGUUUGCGCUGAAUUCGUCCAAGAAGUUUGAAUCGCCGGAAUCUGGCAAAAGCAAAAAACUGUGAACCAGAAAAAUAAAAACCCGUGAAAGGAUUAACCAUAGAGUGAGAGAGAGGGAGGAGAAAGGCAAAGUGUUGUACACGAGUGUGUUUUUAAGUUUUGUUCGUUCGGGAGGAGCGCAAGUGCAUUUUUUUCCGUUCCGCGUAUUUACAUCGGUGAAGCAGUGAACGAUGGCCGAUCACAUGGAGGAACCACCGCUGAAGCGGGCCAAGAUGCGAGACGAAAUGAUCAUCGACCAGAUGUUCGACCUGGAGAGCCACCUCCCGGACGAGCUGAUGGUCGACAAUACGUGGGUCGAUUCGCUGGCCGGCGGCAAUAAACCUCCGGGGCCCGGUCCGGGACCGCAAAUGAAUGGCGGCGACGACCCCGGGGGGACAUCCAACAUGGCCCAGCAAAUGGCACUGCGGCAACAGCAGCUGAACCAUAUCAUGCAGCAGCAGGGUAACAAGAAUAUGGCUGGGCAGCAAAUCAUCGGAAUUGGACCGAUGGCCAACAAGAGCCCGAACCUGCUGCCGAUGAACCAGAGUAUGGCGAACAACGUGGUGGUGGGUUCAAUGGGUAGCGGGGCAAUGCUAGGGAUGAACAACAUUGCGCAGAACAAUGGCGGAGGAAUCAUGACGAACGCCACCAUGGGUCUGAGCGGAGGAGUUAUGACCGGUGGAGGGAUUGUGAUAAACAACAACAUGAAGCCAGGUGGACCGAAUCCGGGUCUAAUGCAUCAGUUGCCGAAUGUGAUUCAAAACGGACCGAUGAACAAUCCUGGACGGAUAGGAAUGCCGGGUCAACCCGGGCAGCAUAUGGCGCGAGGACCUGGCCAUAUGAAUCAAGGAUUGAGGAAUCUGAUGCAGAACCACAACGUCGUAGGGAUGGGCAAUCAGAUGAAUCAGAUUGGACCGGGUGGACCGUUUGGAGGCUACCAACAACCGAAUGUUAGCGUAAUGAAUCCGGGAGGCAUUGCUCAAGUGCGAGUUUCGCCUCCAAAUAUUAAUAGGAUGCCCAACAUGGCAAUGGCCGGAGCGAGAAUGGGAAACCCUCUCGGGGGUAAUAUCAUGCCAGGAGCAGGGAUUGGAAUGAAUGUCGGCAAUGAAGGAGGCGUAGCCGCGCAGGCGCAACCUCCCACUCCUUCACCGGCGCAACCUCAAUCCGGAAUUCCAACGGCAACGGUUAGGCCUCAAUCAGCUACUCAAAACCAGCCAAUGAAUCAAAUGAAUCCUGCGGGUCCAGUCGGAGCUGCAGGAGCAACUCCUGGAACAGCCGUUCAACAGCCCGGUCCUGCUCAAAGCGGUCCCGGUAAUCCCUUGCUUCAGGAUCCCGAAAAGCGUAAACUCAUCCAACAACAGCUGGUGCUGCUUCUGCACGCUCACAAAUGCCAACGAAGGGAAACGGAAAAUCCCAACAGCAAUAAUUGUACCCUGGCGCACUGUCGGACAAUGAAAGAAGUCCUGACGCACAUGCAAUCCUGUCAACUGGGGAAAAACUGUCCCAAAACCCAUUGUUCCUCGUCGCGGCAGAUUAUCAACCAUUGGAAGAACUGUGCUCGACAGGACUGUCCGGUUUGUUUACCUCUGCGAGAUACCAACAAGUAUAAGCCGAGUCAACAACAACCCGGACAGCAACAACAGCAACAGAAUCAACAACAGCAACAGCAGCAACAACAGAACCAGCAAAAUCAACAAAACCAGCUAAAGAACCAAUUGCAGCAGGGCGUUGGACCGGAUCCAAGCCAGCAGCAGCAACAACAGCCCGGUCAACCAGGACAAGGUCCCCUCGGGCAGAUGCCAGGCCAGUUCAACCAGCUCGGCGGAAAUCAAGUUCAAUGUCCGUCCUCAACGGCUCCGAAUGCGAUGGGUGGCCAGAUCCAGAUGCCCCCUCAAGUGACCGGAGGCAUGCCAGGUCAACAGCCACAACCUGGCGGCCCUGGAAUGGUCGGCGGUAUGCGAAGUAUGCCCUUGGGUGCCAAUCAACCCCAAGGAGCCGUUCGGAUGAUGAUUCCCCCGAAUCAGAUGAUGAACAAUGUACUCCCUAAUGCCACUAGCGAUGCUUCCGUUGUUGGUGUAGGAGGUGGAAUCCCUGUUACCAGCCAGGCGCCAGGUGGAUCAAACCAAAGCAACCAAGUCACACAAAUGGCUGCGGCCCUUCAGCAACAGCAACAACAACAACAGCAGCAACAAUCCAAUGCUCAACUGCAACAACAGCAGCAGCAACAGCAAGGGCAAAACCAAUCUCAAAAUAUCAUUCCAUUACAAGGCAAUGUCCUGUUCAAUCAGGACGGCCAAGGUCCAGUUCAGCAACAGCAACAACAGCAGCAACCCGGUGGAGCCAAUGCCGGAGGUCCUGCUGGCGCUGGUGGCAACUUCCCAGCCAAUCAGAUGAUCGCCGCCCCAGUGCAAGGCACCAAAGAUUGGCACCAUUCCGUAACGCCUGAUCUCCGAAAUCAUCUCGUUCAUAAGCUAGUGCAAGCCAUCUUCCCAUCGCCGGAUCCCUCGACCAUGUUCGACAAGCGUAUGUACAAUCUGGUGGCGUACGCGAAGAAAGUCGAAGGAGACAUGUACGAAAUGGCCAACUCCCGGUCGGAAUACUACCACCUUCUGGCGGAGAAGAUCUACAAAAUCCAGAAGGAGCUGGAAGAGAAGCGGCAAAAGCGAAAAGAACAGCAAAUGCAGCAACAGCAACGGCAAGCGCAGGAACAGCAACAGCAGCUCCAACAACCCGGCGGAAACGCCCAAAUCCGGCCGAUGAAUCCCAAUCAAGCCCCGGGAAUGAUCGGCGGUCCCAACAUGGGCGCCAACAAUGUGAUGCAGAUGCCUCGGCAAGUUGGACCGAAUAUGCUGAAUCAGAACAACCUCAUGCAGCAGAAUCGAAUGCAACUGAAUGCCGGACAACCUCAGCAGCAGCAGCUGUUCGUUUCCCAACCUGGACCCAGUCCGAAUAGCAUGGGUCAACAGCAACAAACGGUGCUCCCGGGUGGUUUGUCUCCAUUUACCUCUCAGCAACAGGGCAUGAACAACCACCCUCCUGGAAUGACGCCACCCUCAUCGCAGCAAAAUGCCUCCCAAUUCAUGAAUGGUCCCUCGAUUGCCGAUAGCUCACCAAGUGGGUUACAGCAAUUCAACGACAUCAUGAAGGCCAAGUACGCCAACGCCGGCCAAGGAGCAGUGGCAGUAGCAACGUCCCAAAACAAUUCCAUGAUCGGUUCAACCGGUGGCAUGAAUCAAACCGUAACACCGCCCAUCCCAUCACCAUUCGGUAGCAGCGGGUCCAACUCGAUGCAACCGAACAACACCUUCAACGGUAGUCAAAUGCUGAACAGCAACUGUGUAAACAACGCUCAGCAGCAACAGCAGCGGAAUAGCCUAGGUCAAAUGCCGGCCACCCCAACCAGCGGUGGAGAUCUCCUGAACUCUUCCGGUAAUAGUGUUCCCAUUCCGUCACCGUCGCCUAGUUUAACUCCGAAUGGGCCGAUUCCGCCACCACCCGUCAGCACCCCCAAUACACCAAAUGUGUCGGCUUUGAUAGCGUCCGCACCGGAACCGACUCCUCCACCUCCAAUCUCGUCACCUAUCCCGAUCUCGACUCCACCUGCUCUGGGCGCAUUGUCCAACAGUAGCAGUAGUAGUACGCCAGCAACCACGUCCGCUACCCUAAUCACAAGCACGGCGUCCAGUGGGCCUACGACAACGACGACCGCUUCCUCGGGAAGCACCACCAGCACAACGCCUUCUUCGUCCAUCACGCCCUCGUCCACCACCACCAGCAGUAGUACAGUAAACCGUUCCAUGUCGUCGUCUCUGAGUUCGCAAAUGGCCGCUUUGGAAGCGGCAGCUCGCGAUCAGGACGAAGACUCCCAGCCGGGUUCUGGAGUGGCAAACUCCUCCGCAAACGAAUCCAGCGCCAAGGGCGGAAAGCUGGAGCUGAAACAGGAACAGGACAUCAAAUCGGAACCGGACACCAACCACAUGGACACGUCGGACAGUGGGUCCGGAGCGGGUGCCGGCGGAGGCAAAAGCGUCAACAACGACAACUGCCCCAGCAUCAAGCAGGAAAUCAAGACUGAACCAAUGGAUACGAGCGAAAGCCAGGACGGCACCGAGAAGACCAACAGCAAGCUGGACGUGGUCAAGUGCAAGGAGGAACCGAUGUCGCCGUCGAAUGCCACCAGCACCACCGUCAACGCCGUCGUCAAAAGCGAACCGAAGGUCUUUCCCGAGCCGAUCCAGUCGGAUCCGGCCGACACCAAGAAGAAGUGCUCCUUCAAACCGGAAGAACUGCGGGAAGCGCUGCUUCCCACGCUGGAGAAGCUGGUUGCGCAGGAGCCGGAAUCGAUUCCCUUCCGGCUGCCGGUGGAUCCGACGACGCUCGGCAUUCCGGACUACUUCGACAUCGUGCGGAAGCCCAUGGACCUGAGCACGAUCCGGAAGAAGCUCGAUUCGGGCCAGUACUCGGACCCGUGGGAGUACGUGGACGACGUGUGGCUCAUGUUCGACAACGCGUGGCUGUACAACCGGAAGACGUCCCGCGUCUAUCGGUACUGCACCAAGUUGUCGGAAGUGUUCGAGCAGGAGAUUGAUCCGGUGAUGCAAUCGCUGGGAUAUUGCUGUGGUCGGAAGUACACCUUUAAUCCCCAGGUGCUGUGCUGCUACGGUAAGCAGCUGUGCACGAUCCCGCGGGAUGCCAAAUACUACAGCUACCAAAACCGAUAUACGUACUGCCAGAAGUGUUUCAACGACAUCCCAGGCGACAUGGUGACCCUCGGAGACGAUCCGCUGCAGACCCAAACUCAAAUCAAGAAGGACCAGUUCAAGGAGAUGAAGAACGACCACCUGGAGCUGGAGCCGUUCGUCAUGUGUUUGGACUGCGGCCGGAAGCAGCACCAGAUCUGUGUCCUGUAUCUGGAGUCCAUCUGGCCGGGUGGUUUCGUGUGCGACAACUGCCUCAAGAAGAAGGCCUCCAAGCGGAAAGACAACAAAUUCAACGCCAAGCGGUUACCCACGUCCAAGCUGGGCACCUACAUCGAAACGAGGGUGAACAAUUUCCUCAAGAAGAAGGAGGCCGGUGCGGGAGAGGUGCACAUCAGGGUCGUGUCCAGUUCGGACAAGAUCGUUGAAGUCAAGCCGGGCAUGCGCAGUCGGUUCGUCGAAAACGGCGAAAUGUUGGCGGAGUUCCCGUACCGAGCGAAGGCCUUGUUUGCCUUUGAGGAAGUGGACGGCAUCGACGUGUGCUUCUUCGGUAUGCAUGUGCAAGAAUACGGCUCGGAAUGUGCUGCACCCAACACGAGGCGAGUCUACAUCGCCUAUCUGGACUCGGUGCACUUUUUCCGGCCGCGACAGUACCGUACUUCCGUCUACCACGAGAUCCUGCUCGGUUACAUGGACUACGCCAAGCAGCUCGGUUACACGAUGGCUCACAUCUGGGCCUGUCCCCCGUCCGAAGGCGACGACUACAUUUUCCACUGUCAUCCGCCGGAGCAGCGAAUUCCCAAGCCGAAGCGGCUCCAGGAAUGGUACAAGAAGAUGCUGGACAAGGGCAUGGUCGAGCGGACCAUCCAGGACUACAAGGACAUCCUCAAGCAGGCGAUGGAGGACAAACUGCAGUCGGCGUCCGAGCUGCCGUACUUCGAGGGCGAUUUCUGGCCCAAUGUGCUGGAGGAAAGCAUCAAGGAGCUCGACCAGGAGGAGGAGGAGAAGCGCAAGCAAGCGGAACGCGAGGAAGCAGCUGCCAAUAUCAUGUCCAUGAACGACGACAGCGACACCGGAGCGGACGGCAAGAAGAAGGGCGGCCAGAAGAAGGCCAAAAAGUCGAACAAAUCGAAGGCCGCGCAGCGCAAGAACAACAAGAAGAGCAACGACCAAAACGGCAACGAUCUCAGUGCGAAGAUCUUCGCCACCAUGGAGAAGCACAAGGAGGUGUUCUUCGUGAUUCGGCUGCACUCGGCGCAGUCGGCUGCCAGUUUGGCGCCCAUCCAAGACCCGGAUCCGCUCAUCAACUGUGACCUGAUGGACGGUCGCGAUGCAUUCCUCACGUUGGCCCGCGACAAGCACUUCGAGUUCUCCUCGCUUCGGCGGGCGCAGUUCAGUACACUGUGCAUGCUGUACGAGCUGCACAACCAAGGCCAGGACAAGUUCGUCUACACGUGCAACAACUGCAAGAACCACGUGGAGACGCGUUACCACUGCACCGUGUGCGACGACUUCGAUCUGUGUCUCACGUGCAAGGAGAAGAUCGGCCAUCCGCACAAGAUGGAGAAGCUCGGCUUCGACCUGGACGACGGUUCGUCCCCGACCGAUAUCAAGCAAACGAACCCGCAGGAAGCGCGCAAACAGUCCAUUCAGCGGUGCAUCCAGUCGUUGGUCCACGCGUGUCAAUGUCGCGACGCCAACUGUCGCCUGCCGAGCUGUCAGAAGAUGAAACGGGUGGUCCAGCAUACGAAGCACUGCAAGCGGAAGACGCACGGCGGUUGUCCGAUUUGCAAGCAGCUCAUUGCGCUGUGCUGUUACCACGCCAAGCACUGCCAGGAGGCCAAGUGCCUGGUGCCGUUCUGCCCGAACAUCAAGCACAAGCUGAAGCAGCAACAGCUACAGCAGAGGCUACAACAGCAGCAACUAUUGAGGCGCCGUAUGGCCGUAAUGAACACUACUCGAGUGGGAGCCCCGUCGCAACCGCUGGUAUCGAGUGGGCCAAGCUCACUCCCGGGAACCAGUGGGCCGCCCAGUGUGGGCGCCGGAGGUGGUAUGAGCCCGGUGGGCCCGAACGGAAUGGGCGGCGGUGCCGGUGCAGGUGGAAUGGGACCCAGCGGGAUGACCGGUGGACCCGGCAGUGUCGGAUCAGUGGGAUCCGCUGGUGCAGGCGCCGGCGGUGGCAUGGUUGGUCCGGGCAGCGUCGGUCCCGUCGGAACGCCAGGCGGUGGAAUGAGCCCUUCGGCCGCGCCAAGCCCGGUGUCGCAAAUCGGCGGCAUGGGCAGUCCGCAUCCGCCGGGCAUGGCUAUGAAACCGGAGGCGCAACCGCCGCCGAAUGUGAUGCAGGCGCUGAAACAGGUUCAGGAGGAGGCAGCGAGGCAGCAAGCACCGCACGCCAGCUUCGGCAAGGUGAAUCCGGGUGGCAGUCAAAUGCCGCCACCGGUGAUGCAGCGGGCGAUGGGAGCCGGCGGUCACAUGGGUGGAGUCAGCGGAGUGGCGGGUGUUGGUGGAAUGGGCGGACCCAAUCAGCAGCAGCCGGGUGUCGUGGGAGGAGUGCCGAUGGGAGCCGGUGGUCCAGUGGUCGGUGCCGGCGGACAGAACGUGAUGGCCCAGCUGGAUCAGUGGGGAAAUCCGCGGUAUCCGAACGCCGGUGGGCAGCAGAAUCCUCCGGGCAUGCGGCCCAAUCUGCCCGGCAUGAUGCAGGGCCAGCAGCAGCCGCAGCAACCGAAUCCGAUGCAGGGUGGCAUGAUGGGAGCCGGCGUUGGUGGCAACCAAAUGAUGGGUGGAAUGCGACCCGGACCCGGUGGUGUCUGUAUACAGGGCCCCGGUGGAAUGGUUGCCAAUCCGCAGCAGGUCGGCCAGCAGCAGGGACAACCUUCGCAGCUUCCGACGAAUCAACCGAAGGCGGCCAUAGCCCAGCUGAUGGCCACGCUCAAGAACCCGCAGGCCGGACCAGAACAGCAGCAACAGUUGCUCUCGAUACUGAAAGCCAACCCGCAACUGAUGGCAGCGUUUAUCAAGCAGCGGCAGCAAAUGGCCCAGAACCAGCAGAACCAGAACCAGGGUGGAAUGUCCCAACAGCAACAGCAGCAGCAACAACAGCAACAACCUCACAACGUAAUGCAGCAUGCGGGUGCCGGAGGAGUCCAAGGCCAGCAGCAAGGUGGCCCUGGACAAGGACCCGGUGGAAUGCCAUACAAUCCGGCUGCGGCCGGUGGCCCAAUGGGACCGAAUCGCAUGCAGGGCGGUGUCCAGGGCAUGGCCGGCGGCGGUAAACCCGGAGGCGGCAACCCGCAGAUGCAGUUACCGAUCCAACAGCAAAUAUGGUACAAACAGCAACAGCAGCAGCAACAACAGCAACAGCAAAUGAUGCUGCAGCGACAGCUGGCGAUGGGUGGUGGCAAUAUGCAACCCGCUCCUCCGUAUCAGCAAAGGCCUCGACCGCAGCAGCAAAUGGGCGUCGGCGGAUACGGCCAAGGUGGAAUGUUCCCCGACCAGCAGCAGUACAUGCAGCAAGGACUGAAACCAAAUCCCGGCCAACAAGGAGGUGGAGUAGGCGUUAACGUUCUCUCCCAACAACUCCAGCAGGGUCCCGGUGGCCAAGUGAUGGGUCCUCCAACUCCACAGCAUACGAUGCAACAGCAACUGAUGCAAACCGUACGAUCACCGCCACCAAUCCGAUCUCCUCAACCGCAACCAUCUCCCCGGGCAGUUCCAUCCCCGAGGGCACAACCUUCGGCGUCCCCCAGGGCACAACCAUCACCACACCAUUUGCCUUCCCAUUCGCCAGCGCCGGCCGGUCCCGGUGGUGAAAUGCACAAUCAUAUGCACCCGCACCAGUCACCGGUUGGCGUCGGUCCCGGAGGCGGUGCCGGUGGCCCAGGCGAUCCCAACCAAAUGGGAGGACCGGGCGCCGGAGGCCCCAACGAUACCAGCCCACUGACCGCACAGGAUCAGCUAUCCAAAUUCGUCGAGCAGUUGUAGUAGUAUUUCCUGUACUAGCAACAACAACAUCAGCAAGGGCCCUAGAAAGCUCGACCGCAGCCUUAUUACCUUUUACCACACUCACACACAAACACUCACAAUCAGUAACAAGCAGCAACAGUAGCAGCGUGUGGGUGGCAUCGACAAAAGUAACAAACUUUGCUAAGAUGUAUAAAAUGAAUGUGUAAAUACGAAAACAGAAAAUCUUUAAAUCCAAAAAAAAAAACAGAAAAGUAAGUUACAAUAUAAUGAGAAACCAUACUAAUCGUGGAAAAGUAUGCUUAAUUUUUAGCAGCAAAACAGGAGGAUGCAAAUCCCCACACAAACACACACAGAGAAACCGGUAUUUAUUUUCCUCUCCCUUGAGACAAAAAAAACGAAAAAAAAGUGAAGAAUCAAAUUCUGCCACAGACAAAAAAAAGAAGCAAAAAAGCCUAUUAUUAUCAUUAUUAAAAUUAUGAGGAGAGAAAACGAGAGAGCGAUAGAGUUGGUGCGUUUGUCUAUUGUGCUGUACAAUAGGUUAGCAAGUUAGUAGCAAAGUAAGUUUAGUAGUGAAUGUUGACUGUGUGGUGUAAAAUGUAUUGUACAUUUCGUGGGCGCGCAGAGCAAAUCAUCGUUUUUUUUUCUGUUUGUUCCCUUCUAUUUCAGUUAGGGCAUCAGCUACCCCUAUCUAUAUAUCGCACCCCCUGUCCCCGCCCCUCACGCUACUAGGUUAGGUUAGAAUUUGUAACAAAAAAUAAAAGAAGGAUAAAGCGCAGCGAAGAAAAUUAUGAUCAAAUAAAAUCGAAAAAAAAAUUGAACCGGAAAAACCAACUCUUCUCAAUGCAGUAGCGCACCGGAAUGGGAAGUGUGAGCACUUGCGCGGCGUGCGUUUGUAAAUAGAAAUUGUGCCGAUACCCCCCCUUCUAUGCGGAGAGAUUAUAGAUGAUCCGACAGUGCAGUAUAGGUAAACCGCGCCGAGGAAAUGUGUGAGUGGAAUUCUUUUAGGAUAAAACCGAUUUAAGCAAAGCAAAGGAAACUAGCAAGCAAGCCUAUAGCUGUGUAGAAAGUGUAUAGAAGCAGUACUUUAGUAUUGGUUUUGUUUUGUUGUUGCUGUGUAUGCCACCGCACCCGGCGGGACACUAGGUUCUGUUGUGGUUUGAACAAUCAGGAAUCAGGACGACACCAAGUCGGUGCAAAAGUGAUAUUUUUUUUCUGUUGAAAAAUGGGGUUUGGGUGUGACGAGGGAAGGGGAUCUUCUCGAUUGAAAGGAGGUGUUCUACGAUUUGAAGUUGUUUGUGUAUGAGGUGUUGAAAAAAUAGGUUUUAUCAAGGUUUUAUUAUGCAUAAAUUGCGUCUGAAAUGAUUUUGGGACAGUAUUUGGUUAUAGUUUCUGACAAUUUUUGACAGUUUCAUGCAAUAUGAUCUUUUGAUCUGCUAGUAAUUUGUUCACCGUGUAAUUUUCGGAAAGAUGAGAUUAUUUCAGUUCUCAUUUCUACAUACAAAUCGUUCCGUAGGUUAAAGAUUUGCUUCUCAGAUAAUUUUGCCAAUUUUACAGGAUAGCAGUCAAACCAAACGAGUUGAUAGCUCCUGUUUGUUGAAUGACUUCAAAAAACAACCUCGAAUUUCUACUCGCUUUACAAGAUAAGCCGCUGGAUUCGACUGCUUCUGUCAACGGCAAAUGAGGUUUUAUCAAGGUUUUAUAGUCCACAAAUUGCGUCUGUAUUGUUUUUUUUUAAGUAGGUAUAAUCUACGCUUUUUUCGGAUUGACGAUUUUGGCGUAGCUCUUUGACCGUUCAUUUGUGUUAAAAAGUCGUUUUGUAGCUCAAAGGUUCCCAAAUUAGCAUAGAGUCUUCCAUUCAUGUCGAUUCGAGUAAAUCGGAUUGGGCUCAUUGAAUGGCUCCGAUAAACUGCCGGACAAGCGAAAUUCUGCUCUUAUUACAAGAUAGAACUACGAGAUUUCAUAAUGAGAAUCAUUGAGAACUUCUCUCAGGAAUCUUCCGGACAUUUCGUUAGGAAUCUUUGAGAACUUCUUUUAGAAAUCUGUCAAAUUAUCUUCUAUCAGGAAUCUUCCAGAUCUUUUCUUUGUAAUCUUCCAGAACUUUUCAGAAAAACCUGUCAGAUCUUCUAAUAAAAAUCAUUUAGAACUUCUUCUAAGAAGCAUCCUAUACUUUUUUUUUGAAAUCUAUCAAAUUAUUUCUUAUAAAUACUUUUGGACUUCUAUCAGGAAUCUUUCAGAACUUUUCCUAGGAAUCUUUCAGAUCGUUUCCUUUAAAUCUACCAGAACUUUUCAAAAAAAUCUGUCAGAUCUCCUAAUAAGAAUAAUUUAAAAUUUUACUCAGCAAUUUUCCGGAAAUUCCGUUAGGAAUCUUUCAGAACUUUUUUCAAGAAGCUUCCAAAACUUCUUUCAGAAAUCUGUCAAAAUAUCUCUCAGAAACCUUUCUGAACUUCUAUCAGGAAUCUAUCAGAACUUUUCCUAUUAAUCUUUCAGAACCUCUCCUUGGAAUCUUCCCGAACUUUUCUGGAAAAUCUGACAGAUCUUCUAAUAAAAAUCAUUUAGAUCUUCUUUUAAGAAGCAUCCUAAACUUUUUUUUCAGAAAUCUGUCAAAAUAUCUCUUAGAAAUACUUCUGAACUUUUAUCAUGAAUCUUUCAGAACUUUUCUUUGAAUUCCUCCAGAACUUUUCGAAAAAUCUGUAUCUGUAAUAUCUUCUAAUAAGAAACAUUUAAAACUUCUCUCAGGAAUCUUUCGGAAAUUCCGUUAGGAAUCUUUGAGAACUACUCUUAAGAAGUUUCCAAAACUUCUUUUAGAAAUCUGUCAAUAUAUUUCUUAGACAUACUUUUGAACUUUUAUCAGGAAUCUUUCAGAACUUUUCUCAUUUAGAACUUCUCUCAGCAAUGUUCCGGAUAUUCCGUUAGGAAUCUUUCAGAAUUCUUUUAGAAGUCUGUCAAAAUAUCUCUCAGAAACAGUUCUAAACUUCUAUCAAGAAUAUUUGAGAACUCCACUUCUUUCUUGAGACACUUUCACAUCUUUGAGAACAUUUGUCAGAACUUCCACAGAAAUUUCUGAUACCUUCUCCUAGAAAUAUUUCACAACUUUGUCUCAAAGAUUUCGAAGAACUUUUCUUAGGAAUCUUUCAGAACUUCUCUGGAAAAUCUGACAGAACUUAUUUUCGGAAUCUUUCAGGGGCUCCCUUAGAAAUUUUCCAAAACACAUUUCUGAACUAUUCUUGGGAAUCUGUCUGAAUUUCUCUUGGAAAUUUAUCGGGACUUUUCUUAGCAUGUUUUCGAAACUUCUCUUAAGAAUCUUUCCGAACUUCGCUUAAGAAGCUUCCAAAACUUCUUUUAGAACUCUUCAGAGACAUCUGCGAGAACUUCUAAUGAGAAUCAUUCAGAACUUCUCUAAGGAAUCCUACAGAAAUUCUAAUAAGAAGAUUUCAAAAUUUCUCUUAGAAAACUGUCAAAAUAUCUCUAUGAAAUACAUCUGAAUUUUUCAGAACUUCGAAUAGAAAUCUGUCAAAAUUUUUCAUAGAUUUUUCUGGAAACUUCUUCUAGAAAUAUUUCAGAACCUUCUCUCAAAGACCUCUCAAAACUUCGUUUUAGAACUUCUCAGUUAAAUUUGCCAGAACUUCUAUAAGGAAUCGUAUAGAAGCUUUCUUUGAAAUCCUCUAGAACUUCUCUCUUCUAUGAAGCUUUCAAAACUUCUUUUAGAAAUCUGCCAAAAAAUAUUCCAGAAAUUCACUUAGAAAUCUGUCAUAACUUCUCGUAGAAAUAUUUUAAGAGCUCCCUUAGAAAUCUUUCAAAACAUAUAUUUUAUUUGGGAAUCUUGAAGAACUUUUCUUGGGAAUCUGUCAGAAUUUGGCUUAGGAAUUUAUUAGGAUUUUUCUUAGCAUGUUUUCAAGACUUCUCUUGAGAAUAUUUCAGAACUUCUCUUAUGAAUCUUCCGGAAACCCCGUUAGGAAUCUUUCCGAACUUUGUUUAAGAAGCUUUCAAAACUUCUCACCGAACUCUCAAGAGACAUCUGUCAGAACUUCUAAUGAGAGUCAUUCAGAUCUUCUCUAAGGAAUCUUCCGGAAAUUCCGUUAGGAAUCUUUCAGAACUUCUUUUAAGAAGUUUCAAAUACUUCUCUUAGAAAUCUGCCAAAAUAUCUCUUUGAAAUACUUCCGAACUUCUAUCAGGAAUCGUUCAGAAUUUCGCUUAGAGAUCUGUCAGAGCUUCUCAUAGAAAUUUCUGAAAACUUCUUCUAGAAAUACUUCCAAACUUUCUCUCGAAAGACCUCACAGAACUUCUUUUUAGAACUUCUCAGUUAUAUUAGCCAGAACUUCUAUUAGGAAUCCUCUAGAACUGCUCUAAGGCAUCUUCCGGAACUUCUCUCAAGAAUCAGUCAGAUUUUCUCUAGUCUCUUCUCUUAAGUAUCUUCCAGAAAUGCCGUUAACAAUCUUCCAAACCUCGCCUAAGAAGCUUUCAAAAUUUCUGUUAGAAAUCUGCCAAGAAUAUUUCCGAACUUCACUUCACAGAAAUCUGUCAUAACUUCUCGUAGAAAUCUGCCAAAACUUUUCAUGGAACUCUGUGAUGACAUCUUUUAGCAAUAUUUCAGAACUUCUUUUACGAAGCUUUCGAAAAUUCCAUUAAGAAUCAUUCAGCUUUCGAGGCUUUUUUUUAGAUAUCUGUCAGAAUUUCUCUUUUAAAUAAGUCUGAACGUUUAUCAGUUAUCUUCCAGAACAUCAGCCAAAAAUUUGUCACGUGUUAUCAGGGCAAUCUGUCAGAACUUAUUUUAGGAAUCUUCCAUAACUUCUCGUUGAAUUUUUACAGAACUUUUCCAAUGAUUCUUUCAAAACCUCUCAUAGGAAUCUGCUCAUCAGACUUUCUCAUAGGAAUUAUGCAAGAUUUUCAAAGAAUUAAGACUAUUUCAAAACUUUUCCAAGAAAUACGUUCGAACUUGUCUUAGGAAACUUUAUUAUUUACUGAGUUAAUCUUUUUUUAAGAAUCUUUCAGAACUACUUUAGGAAAUCUGUCAGUAAUUCUAAUAGGCGUUUUCCAGAGCUUUAAUUGGAAUCAUUUCAGAACUUCUCUAAGAAAUCUCUCAGAACUUAAGCUAAAAACUCUUGGGAAUCUUUCAAAACUGUUCGUGGGAUUCUUUCAGAGCUCUCAAUCAAAUCUGGCAGAACUUCACUUAGAAAUCUGUUAGAAAUUUUCAUAUAAGUCUCUGAAAAAAAUCGCUUAGAAAUAUUUCAGAACUUUCUCUGAAAGAUCUCUCAGAACUUUUCUUAGAAAUCUUUCAGAACUUCUCGGGAAAAUCUGCCUUGCUUCUUCUGAGAACUUCUCUUAACAAUACUUUCUCUAAAAAGCUUCUCUUAACAAUAAUUUCUCCCAGGAACUUUUUUUAGGAAUCUUCCAGAACCUUUCGAAGAAAUCUAUCAGAACUUUCAAUAAUCAUUCAGCACUUACCUUGGGCAUCUUUCAAGAAUUCCGGUAAGAAUUUUUCAGAAUUUCUUUUAAGAAGCUUCUAAAACUUCCCUUAGAAAUCGAUCUCCCAGAUCUCCCUUAGGAAUCGUUUUGAAGCUCCCUCGGAAAUCUUCCUGAACUUCUCAUAGGCAACCCAAGUAAACACUAGCUCGCUAAUUCGCAUUUUUGGCCUUUUAGGGCUAUUAUACGGCAAACAUAGGGCGUGUCAGCUGUGUAAUAGCAUUAUAUUAGCACGUAGGGUGAAUUAUAGUGCUAUUUGGUUACUUGGGAACUUUCGGAACUUCUCUUGGAAAUUUCGCAAAAUUUUUCUUAAGAAACUGACUUCCGAGAAACUUCUCUUAGAAAUAUUUCAGAACAUUUUUCAAAAGAUCUCUCAGAUCUUUUCUUAGGAUUCUCUCAGAAUUUCUCUGGAAAAUCUGCCAGAACUUUUCUUCGGAAUCUGUCAGGAGCUCGCUUAGAAAUAUUCCAACGCAAAUUUCUGAACUUAUUCUGGGAAUCUAGUAGACCUUGUCUUAGGAAUCUGCCACAGUUUGUCCUGGAAAUUCAUUUGGACUUUUAUCAGCAUAUUUUCAGGACUUCUCUUGGAAAUCUUUCAGAACUUUUCUUGGAAAACUUCAAGAACUUCUCUUAUGAAUCUUCCAGAAUUAUGUUUGGGAAUCUUUCCGAAGCUCGCUUAAGGAACUUCUUUUAGAAGACAACUUUUCUUAGGAAUCCGCCAAAAAAAUUUCAGAACUUCACUUAUAAAUCUGUCAUAGUUCUUAAAAUCUUUCAGAACUUUUCUUGGGAUUUUCAUAAAACCUUUCUAGGGAUUCUUUCAGAACCUCUCAUAUAAAUCUUCCAAUCAGAAUUGCUCAUAACCAUUGUGCAAGAUUUUUCUUCAGAAUAUUUCAAAUCUUUCUCAAAAAAUCUGACAACUUCAAAACUUCUCUUAGGAUUCUUUCAGAACAUUUCUCAGUACACUUCCAGAACUUGUUUUAGAGGUUUUUCAGGACUUUUUAGGAAUAUUUUCUGUAAGAAAUGUGUCAGAAUUUACCAGAACCUUUAUUAGGAAUAUUUUAGAACUGCUUGAAGAAAUUUGCCAAAACCUAUCCUAGACAUUUUUCAGAAUUACUCUUUCAAAACUAUUCUAGAGUUUUUAAUAAAAAUCUGUUAGAGCUUCAAAUAGGUUUUUUUAGGUUUAUGCUGUAGAAUCAAUUGGAACUUCUCUAAGAAAUCGGUCAGGCCAGAAUUUCUCUUAGACAUCUUUCAGAUCUUCUAUCAAACAUCUUUCAGCAUUUUUCUAAAGAUUCAUUCAGAACUUCUCAUAGAAAUCUGUCGGAACUAACUGAGAAUUAUCCAAAACUGCUACUUGAUGGGAGUCUCGUUGGUAAUCUGUAGGAACCUAUCUUAGGAUCUUGCAGAACUUCUCUUUAGGGCCUCUUUCAGUACUUCUUUAAGAAAUUUUCCAGGAGCAAAGCAACUGUAAGAAAUCUGGCGGUAUUUCUGUUGGGCAUCUUCCAGAACUUUUACGAGGAAUCUUUUAGAAUUUUUCUAAGAAAUCUGUCGAAACUUAUCCCUGAGAGUUUUUAUAAUGUUCCUUAGGAAUCUUUCAAAACUAUUCUCAUGAUGCUUUCUGAACUGUCAGGUCAGAUAUAGUCUUCUAUUUCCGAUCUGCUUUCAAAAAACUUUCACUUAGGAUUACUUCAAAAUUUUACUUAGAAAUCUGUCAGAACUUUAAUUUCCAGGCCUUUUUCUUAAGAAUUGUGCUCAUUCUGAGCGGCGUGUGAGGUGAGACGAAUCGAAUGAUAUGACAAUUGUCGCAUCGCUUCCAUUCGAUUAACAUUAGUCGUCUCACGGUCACUCGAGGUGAGAGCGACUCGUCUCGACUCAUUCGCCCCGCAGAAUAAACACGACUGAUAGCUUAAGCAUUUUUGAUUUCUGGAGCCCAACGCAAAAUUAUUUGGAGAUUCUAACUAUAGGAGUUGUUCAGUUGCUUCCUUAAUUCGUACCGAGCAACCAAUCCAAAUCAACCGAAGUUGUGUUUCGGACUCGAUUGUAGUAGAUGUAUGUUCCAUGGUAAAGAUUUGCACCAGACACGCUAAACAUUUACAAGUCAUAUCUCGUUAUCAUUUUUUUCAAAUCUUUACCAUGGAACAUAUAUCUACUACACAGCGAUCAUAUCUUCCGAGUCACUUCAAGAUUUCUGAAAUUAAUCAGCGCCACGGCUGCUCAAUUUCCAACUGUUAAGAUCCUAGACUCAAUCAAGUGCUCAUAGUUAUUGGCUUUGAUGUCUGUGCUGGAGAAACACCUAGACACAACUCCAAGCCUACUGCCAUUACAAUAUUGUCCACAACGAUUGAAAUGUUCAGCGCCUACUCUACUCUUCGACGCACAUACACAAACAACUUUAUCCUCGGACAGAGUUCGGUCCCGAAUACACUUGCAUCGUUGCUCGUCAAAAUUGCAAGUGUAAACGAGGCAGAACAUUGACCAUGGACCGGGAAAAGCCCUCAGCUUUCCGCAAAACGACCACACACGCGUGCGCUCGUGCAUACAUAAGUGUAAUAUUUAACGAAAAGAAAAGAAAAAUAAAAGUCACAACAAUAUGACCCUAAUAGUAAUGAUUGAAUCCGAGAAUAUAUAGAUAUAUUCGAGAAUGGCUGUGCUCUGAUGGUGGUGUUUUAUUCGGAAGCGCUGCUGUGUUGUCCGAUUGCCUCAAUAAUUGGAAGAUCACCCUUUCUUCGUCACCCAAUACCCCCCCUUUGAAGUUAAUGUAUGAUAAUGAAAAAGAAACCGCAAUCAGAUAAUUAGGUACGUGUAAAUAGCUUUAGUCCUAUCUCACUACUCUUUGUUCAGUGUCCAAACUCUUCUUCAAACUCACCAAAUCUUCCUUGUUGUUUGUAAAAAAAAAGUAUACUAUUGGAACUUUAUUAUUUAGUUUAAUUCCUCUUUUUCGGUGUUGCCCAAUCAGUUUGUCGUAAUUCGAUAGGUUAGUUUAGUUUGAUUUUUCGUGAGAUCUCUCUCUUAGUUUUUCGAGUAAAAAGAAAAAAAAAAGUACACUGAAUCCAAUUGGAAUGGUAAUUUCGCGGGAUAAGUAGCAUAAUUUAUGUUUCUCUCUCUAGCUGUUUGGAGGAAGCGGAGCUCUCCGAGUUUCCGCCCGAAUCUCAAUCUGUCUAGGUCAGAGAGUGGAACGAAGCUGGAUGGUUCUGAACUGGAGGAUGGACCCCCCAGAUAAACUGGGAAGUGGCUGUCCCAGUGGGGGACCCCCCGAAGCAGAUCUCUUCAGCUUGGGUUGAUUUGUCGGUUGUGAGUCGGUCUCUUAAAGAGUUUUUCCGAUCGCAAUCGCAUCGUUUGAAGCACCCAAACGACAAGCAAACCGGUUCUUCGUCAAGUAUUAAUAUAUUUAAUUAGUUUUUAAUUGGUUCUUCCCCACCCCUCGGAUGCUUUAUAGGGUAAAUAGGUCGUGAGAUGGUAAAGAGAGGGGUUAAGUCCCGUUCACACUGGCGACUAUGCGUUCUCCAGUGUAAACCGCGGGUGUGAUUCAGACACUCAUAUAAAUAUUCUGCGAAUAUAUCUUGAGCGAAGACGCAAUUUUACUCCACACCGAGCGAAAUCGUUGUUUUAAAUUACCAAGAGUAGUUAAUCAAUUGUGUGCAAAGAAGCCGCUUUUUUACAUUGGAAAAACCAGCGGAAUCGACCCCGAAGCGAGAUAUUUUUUAAAACAAACUUGAUCAAACAGUGUAUAAAGCGCCUAGGCUUAAGUAAGGACCUACAGUAAGCAUUAGAUGGAAAACUGACUAGUAAGUGAAACAGUUACUAAGAAAACGGUUCAUGUUUUGUCUUUAAUUUAUUCUAGAUUUUUAAGGCAAAUCCAGCAUAAGUGUCUGUAUAGAACCAGAGAUAUGAAACACACACACUCACACACCCCACAAAAAACACAUCUUACGCAGCUAUUAUACGACUUAAAUGUAAGAAAAAACUUUAAUAAAGUAAAAGAAAAUGAAAACAGCAACUAGUGCUUGCGAGUUAGUUUUGUACUGUGUUUCCAAUCAAUGUCGCGCGUGAGAGAUCGAUGCUGAAAAAAAACUAUUCAAGGGGAAAUUCUAAAUCACUGGCUAAGAAAGAACUCUCCCUCACUCAUACAAAGAACGGAUGAACGGAAGCGAAGAAGCAUCGUGAAAACCCAUUCUCUCAUGCAUUCACACUCACAUAUGAAUAUACACACCCACACACACAAAAAAGAAACACCGCAUCAUGAUGAUAGGGAAAGCUAAACAUGAUUAGAAGAAUAAAAAGAGCAAAAAACAAGAAAAUCAACACAUUUUUUGUUUGAGUGUAGUAAAAUAGAAUAAAGUGAAAAAAUACUGCGCAAUGUAUCUUAUUUUAACUGCAAAAACUGGUAAUGUAAAGAACGGCUUACGUAAGUGCGGAUCGAGAGAUAGCGAGACAGAGAGAGAGAGCGGAAUGUAAUAUACAGUUUGUACGCUGACUGUAGGCAAAAUAACAAGAUGGAUGGAAAAAGCGGAUAUGGAGCGAUUAGUGAUUUAAAUGAAAAAAAAAAAAAACUGAAGAAAAA